AUGUCGGGACAGUUCUUCGCCCGAUGGAUCCAAGCAUAUAGGGAGUGUUGGCUGAACAGUGGGUUGCAGGGCAAUCGACUAAGACCUCUUCUAACCAAGAUGGAUGCGAGAAGGAGUGUAGUGUGUAAAGCUUCCCUCAGUGAGUUUGGGAAAUCGAAACUCUCUUUCCUUUCAAAGACCUCUUGUGAAAAGAAUUGUGAAAAGAAUCAUCCGGACCAGAGGAAUGUCGACCCUUCUCUCAAAUGCAUCGAACCUGCGGCGAUUGUAUGCGCGGUCGGGUCCGUGAUAGGCAGUGAAUUCAGCAUAGCGGACAUUCACAGGUCUGAGUUUGACCAGCAGACUGUGAAUGCCCACUAUGCUGAAUUCCUGCAUCUACGUGACUCUACUGCCUAUCACGGACCCGACCGCGCAUACAAUCUUCGCAGGUUCGAUGCAUUUGAGAGAAGGGUCGACAUUCCUUUGGUCCGGAUGAUUCUUGAAACACAAGAGGUCUUUGAAAGGAAAGAGGGUUUCGAUUUCCCAAACUCACUGAGGGAAGCUUUACACACUACACCCCUUCUCGCAUCCAUCUUGAAGAGGUCUGAGUCGAUUGCCCUGCAACUCACUGUUGCCAGCCAACACUCCCUAUAUGCUCUAUAUGCUGGAUCCAUCGGGCGAAAAACUGUCCCGACAUACCUGUGUGUUGACAGGUUAUGGGACGCUAGUUGA